AUGGACGCGGCUGACUGUACUCUGUUUCGAGACGAAACUGAUCCACUGAUUACGUUUAUGAUCGGACAAAUUGAGAAACGGAAACCUGAUGCACAACAACAAAAAACUCGGCGUUUUCUCGCGCUACAGAAGCUUAUGGAGGAAGGUAAAUAUUUUUCCGAUGAGAAAAUGAGAGAACGUGAGCCAUAUUUGUAUGACGUAAUGGUUGGAAAAUACAGCAAUGAGCAAGGUUAG